AGACUCCAUUGAUAAAAACAGGGAUUUAACCAGGAGCUGCUGGAAUACCACUGCCUCCACCUGUUACUGUGUCUGUGUUACUGUGUGGUACUUUUACUGCAGUAAAGUAUCUGAUUACUUCUUCCACCUCUGAAAGUCUGGUGCUUUGAACAGAGCGACUCGUUGGGGUUGAACAAGGAUCUUACUCUUUAACAGAAACAGAGCUGUUCGUGGCCGUGGUGAGAGAUUCAGUUCAGUUUUAUUUAUUUGCUCUGAAUCACAACAGAAGUCAUCUCAAGGUAUUUACAGAGAGACCCAACAGAUCCUCCAUGGUGUGAUGAUGUGAGAACCAGACGGUCCUUCCGGAUCCACAGACCUGCAGCUUGUUCUCUCAUGGAUCAGUGUUUGCUCUGAUGUUCAUCAGCUGUGGGACAGGCUCACAGCAAAGGGUCUGAAUACUUCUGUCAUUGUGAUAUUUUUGUUUUCUUCCUUAGUUAAAAUGAAAAACUUUUGUAAGCACGAGGCUGCAACACAACACUGUACAAAGUGAAGGGGUCUGAAAACUUUCUGCAUCACACAGACUGGUCCUGAGGAGGAAGUUAAAAUCUGAACACACACAGAGUCACAUGGUUUCCUGUGAGUGGAGAGGGGAGGGGCUGGUGAAAGUACUGAGUCAGAGACGGUUCAGACUCCAUGUUACCUGGACAGAGCAGGACACAGGAACACACAGGUACUGGAGGACUUCCUGUGGGGAGUCAUGGAGAAAUCCCUUCAAAGUGAAAAUGGCCACCUGGACCUGUUUGUUCGCUUCCUUCAUGGCCUCAGCUCUGAAGUCCAACCCCUCCCAUCUGACAGAACUGGACCUGAGUCACAACAGCCUGGAGGAUUCAGGAGUGAAGAUACUGUCCACUGGACUGGAGAGUCCAGACUGUGGACUGGAGACUCUGAGGAAGUGAGGAUGAGCUGAGUCCUGAUGAUCCAGAUGUUGAAGCAGCAGCAGCAGCUUGUGUGUAGAGAGGCUCUGACUGGACCAUGUUACUGGGAGGUAGAGUGGAGAGGAGAGCUUCAUCCAGCAGUGACUGACAGAGGAAUCAGAAGAAGCAGUCUGAACUGAUCUGAGAACAGCUCCACUGUCAGACACAGAGUCCAGUCCACCAUCAUCCCUGUGUGUUCCUCUGGAUCAGCUGAUGUUCCUCUGUCUGUUAUAAUGCCGAGUCAGCGAGUGUCACUGAUUGAAUGAGUCCUUCAUUAAAAGACGUGAUGGUGAAUAA